AUGAGCGCGAGCGCCGACGCCGAACCUGCAGCAGUAUGGACCCGAGCGCCUGGCAAGCAAUACAGCAGAGCCAGUGGCGGCGCUGGAGUAUAUCUUGUUCGUGAAGACGGGACAAAGGUGCUCGAUGGCAGCAGUGGCGCAGCAGUCUCAUGUCUGGGACAUGGCCAUGCAGAUGUAACUGCGGCCAUCGUACAGCAAGCUCAACAACUGGCGUUCGCCCACAGCUCGUUCUUUGCCAGCGAACCUGCACAAAAGCUAGCCCGAAUGCUCACCAAAUCGAGUGGAGGUGCUUUCGAGAAGCUGCUGAUCUUGAAUUCGGGGUCGGAGGCGGUAGAGUCGGCUAUCAAGAUCUCGAGACAGUACGCCUUGUGCAACGACGAACCUGAGCGGGUCAACAUCAUCGCCAGAGAAUCCGCAUAUCAUGGCAACACCAUUGGCGCGUUGUCAGCUGGACACCAUCCGGGACGUCGAGGACCAUUUGUGCCGAUGCUUUCACCAGUAUUCCAUCACGUCUCUCCAUGUUUCUUCCGAAGAGAUGCUCGUCCCGGAGAAGACGAGUCUGCAUAUGUGAAACGUCUCCUAGCUGACUACGAGGAAAUGUUCAUCAAGCUUGGACCGUCCACAGUCGCUGCAGUUAUCGUCGAGCCGGUUUCGGGGGCCACGCUCGGUGCGGUGCCUGCUGCGCAAGGGUAUCUGGCCGGUCUGCGUGAGCUGUGCGACAAACAUGGCGCUCUACUCAUCUUUGACGAAGUCAUGUGCGGUAUGGGUCGGAUUGGAAGCCAACAUGCCUGGCAGUCCCUUGGCGGAGUAGCACCAGACGUACAAACCAUCGGCAAAGGUCUUGCGGGUGGGUAUCAGCCGAUAUCAGGGGUCCUCUUCAGCAAGAAGAUCUCUGAUGCUAUCACCAAAUCGCAUUCGACAAAGCCGUUCAUGAGUGGACAUACCUAUCAGGAUCAUCCGAUCGGGUGUGCAGCAGCUGUUGCCACUCAGCAGGCGAUCAUCCAAGAUAAUCUCCUCGAGAAUGUCAGAGCCACGGGCGAACUGCUUAAGAACAAGCUCAAAGCCGAAGUGCCACUGUUGAAGGAGAUCAGGGGUAUGGGUCUGUUCGUCGCCGUCGAGUUCGCUACAGAGACUCACGACAAACCAAUUGGGGCUGAGGUAGCUGCCGCCUGCUUAAAGAAUGGUGCUGCGGUUUAUCUGUGCUCUGAUCUGGUCGACGCUAUACUGUUUGCGCCGCCGUACAUCAUCUCGGCUGACGAGAUUGACGAGCUGGUUGGCAUAUUCGUGAAGUCGACACGCGAGGUACUGAACAGUAGAAGCAUAGGGGUGAACGGGCAUGGGUGA